CUCAGAGAAUUGAUUUCUCCGAUUCUUCCUCCCCUUUGCGACCUUGGCGAUUGUUGCUCUUUAGUUUCCGUCGCCAGCGUCACGAGUCAACUUUGCGAAACAGUACCAAAGCCAACCUUGCUGUGACGCCGGGUCAAGCCCACCCGAACCAGAUCAUUAUCUUUCGGCGACUGGAUCUGUCUGUGUGUCAAUCUAUCAUUGCGCUGGCGACUUGCAAUUUGCAGACAUGGCAAAUCACCACCCUUCUCCGAACAUGGCCACGCAAGCGCAACAUGGGCCCCCUCCUGCCGCUCCUGCGCCUCCAGCACCUCCGGCUCCCUCCCAGGGCCAAGGCUUUGCGCCAUCUCGCCAGGUUCCAUUCGUCACCGAGGCACUAUGGAUGCAAGUUGGGAGCUGCGCCGAAGCUCUUGGCGACCUUGACCAAGCGACGGAAGCCUACGAGAGUGCGCUGCGAGCGAAUCCGCAGUCGAUCCAAGCUAUGAAUGCCAUCAGUUUGAUCCUGCGAACGCGGGAGCAGUUCCAGAAAGCUGUGGAAUACUUACAAGCUAUCCUUAAGAUCGAUGCAUACAACGGCGAAGCAUGGGGCAGCCUUGGACAUUGUUACCUGAUGAUGGACGAGCUCCAACAAGCAUACACCGCUUACCAAAAUGCUCUAGUGAACUUGAGGAACCCCAAGGAGCCCAAGCUUUGGUAUGGCAUCGGGAUUCUAUACGAUCGGUACGGAUCUCUCGACCAUGCAGAGGAGGCAUUCUCCCAGGUCAUGCAGAUGGAUCCCGGCUUUGAGAAGGCGAACGAAAUUUACUUCCGCCUUGGCAUCAUUUACAAACAGCAGCAGAAAUAUGCCCAGAGUCUUGAGUGCUUUAAAUACAUUGUGUCUUCGCCGCCCCAGCCGUUGAGCGAAGAGGACAUCUUGUUCCAGAUCGGGCACGUACACGAGCAGCAAAAAGACUACGACAGUGCGAAGGCGGCCUACCAACGAGUCCUCGAACGGGAUCCGAGCCAUGCCAAGGUCUUGCAGCAGCUUGGCUGGCUCCAUCACCAGCAGAGCAACAGCUUCCAGAGCCAGGAGCGGGCCAUCGAGUAUCUUGAAAAGUCAGUCGCUGCUGACCAGAACGAUGCUCAGAGCUGGUAUCUCCUGGGCCGAUGCUACAUGUCGCAACAGAAAUACCCAAAGGCGUAUGAAGCAUACCAACAGGCCGUGUACCGAGACGGUCGGAACCCCACGUUCUGGUGCUCAAUCGGAGUCCUCUACUACCAGAUCAACCAGUACAGGGACGCACUCGACGCCUAUUCCCGUGCUAUUCGGCUUAACCCGUUCAUCUCGGAGGUUUGGUAUGACCUCGGCACUUUGUACGAGUCUUGCAACAACCAGAUCAGCGAUGCGCUCGAUGCAUACCAACGCGCUGCGGAGCUGGAUCCAAACAAUCCGCAUAUCAAGGCCCGAUUGCAGCUGCUGCGUAAUGGCGGCACCAACGGAGGACACCCCCCGUCCGCGCCUCAGCCUGCGGACGUUCAUCCCGCAUCUUACCAGGUCGGGCCUCCAGCACCUCAGUGGGCGGGUUCCGGCCCCCAACAGGCGCCCCCGCCGCAGCCGCCUCCCCCCGCCGGCGGUCCCGGCGCACAUGCUUGGGGACGCUUGGCCGAUAUCAACCCACCCCCUCAGCCGGGUAACCCUUUCGACCAGCAGCGGGGCGGCGAGCAGUUCCGCGGACCAGCUCCUCCACUGCCACGGCAGCCGAGCCCUCGCCCGGACCAGCACGGGCGUCCCCCUUUCCCCGCCGAGGGUAACCGACCAGGUUCAAUCCGCCGGGGCCCCAGUCCUCCUCCCGCGGGCCCUUAUCCGGCUGGUCCCCCCCCUCCUCCCCCUCCUCCCCAGUCCCACCAGGCUCCGACCUCGCAGCCGCGUAUCCCGAAUCCCAAUUACCAGCCCGCGCCAUCGUCCGCCCAGAUGCCCUCGAUGAACGCUGGCCCCAACGGCGGCCCCCUUAGCCAGCCUCCUCCGUUCCGGGCGACAAACAGUCCGCGGCCUGGGGAAAGGCCGGUGCAUGAUAAUCGGAUGCCGUCUCCCAAAUCGGCAUAUCCUCAGCACCAGGCCCCGCGGCCAUCUGUUUGGAAUCCUAUUCCUCCACCCGAGAGACCGGUGCCCGCUCCCGUUGAAGGUCCGCCGCAGCCGCCGCCGCCGCCAGCGGCUCACCCCGCCGAACCGACAGCAUUGGCACGAGGGGACCAUGAGCGUCCAGCGUCGGUUGGACCCAAACGGAUGCGCGAGUGGGAGGCAGAAUCCGCCCAUAAGCGACCUGCCAGCGAUGAAAACAGGGCGAGACUGGAUGACGUACGUCCUCGUAGACCGUCGACCCCGCCCCGCGAGCCCUAUCGACGCAAUUCGGCUGAGGCGCACCGCUUCGAGGAGUCGCGCCGAAUGGAAGACCAGCGUCGGGCGGAGGAUCAGAGGCGGGCGGACGACAUGCGAAGGGCCGAGGAAAUGCGGCCUCAGGGACCCAGCGACGGCUACCACCCUUCUGAAGCUGCCCAUCAUCCACCCGGACCGGGCGCGUCGGCGAAUCACCUUCCGCCCAUGCAGCAAUCUGCCGCUCCCAUGCAGGGUAUGCUUCAUGAGGCUGCCCCCGCGCCUGCAGCCGUCACAGGACCCGGGCCUGGCCCUGGACCGGCACCCAAGGAGUUUCCGUCCGAGGAGCGACCGGCCGACCACGGCGCUGCGACUCGCGCUCCCCUUGCCAACGAGCCCGAGCGGGCGGCCCGCAAGAUGGAUGUGGACGAAGACUAUGAUGACAGCGGUGAGGAUGAGAAGAAGACAGUUACGACUAAUGGGUCUAUGCCUGGACCGGCAUCUGCCGAUACGAAGCCGCCCACGGGCACCAGUCACAACAAUAUUGUUGGGGGACCAACUCCCAAAGUCGAGUCGGCAUAGGAAAAUGGGACGUGCUCUUGACGUACGAGGUUUCUUUUGUCUUUUUAUCUUUGACUCUGCUUUCGCUUGCUUCCGUUGACCUGUAUACCACUUCUCU